AUCUGAAUCAUCAUCAAUCGCAGACCGCCAGUACAUCAGGAGUUUAGCUAAAUGUUCUGGAUGAACUUGGCCAAUAUCUUUCACUUUGACAUUCCACUCUAUCGGGUACACCUUCCCGAAUCUUAACCGCGAGUAAGGACUGAUGACUACGGAGCUGUCGGCUGGAAUGAUUUCAAUCGGUUCCUUAGUUAACCCAGCCUCAUACUCCCCCGAGACAUAGGCAUUGACAAACCCGUGACGCACACUGACGACGACGAAUCUCCUUAUCUGGGAGUACACGUAUUCGCCGAAUCUCACGAUCGUAAAAGCGUCGUCCUCUGGGCCACGACGGGCAAGAUUCUCAGACAUGGAUUCGUUGUAGAGCAUAGAGAACACCCUUCCUUUUUUGAAGAAUUGGCGUGCCUCCUGUCCUGUCCGCAUGCGAUAGCUUGAAUCAAGCGUCUCGUACCACCCUCUGGUGGGUGUGCCUGCGAUGAGAUCGGGUAACAUGGCUCGGAUGUUGGCAGCUAGUGGUUCGGGCAUUGCGGGAACGUUUGACGCAGAAUUCUGGUAUGGAUUAUCUGCAUAGUAGUUGGAUUCGGUUCUCACAUGAGAACUGUUGUAUUCUGAAUUUCUAUUCGUCGAGUAAAAGUGAGCUACCGGAUGAUAUUCACGGCGUUGAUCAUUGAUGGCAGGUACAGGGUACAACAGCGUGGAAUCACCUUGCGAAGGCUGAGUCGAAUAUAAGGGCGGUGAAGAGUACGCGCUUUGUGUGGAAUAUCCGGAUUGUAAAGAGGACACGCUGUAGGCGGGUUGUGGAGAGUACGCGCUUUGUACAAGAUAUCCUUGAUACCGGUUUGUCGAGGGCUGUAUGUUUUGUGUGUCAUGAUUGGGAUUUGUAUCAUUCGAUGGAUUUUCGCUACGUGCAACGCGAUCAGAUUGUCCAAGAUAUUCUUCCAUUGUCUGGGCCCUUGAUGCGCGACGCCAAUUGGCUCCCACCGAAGUCGGUGCUCUCGGUGGCAAGUCCAAUGUUCCCGAGGAAGAUAUGCUGCGCGUUGAACUCGGCUCUAGUGGAGGUAUCGUAUGCAAAGGAUACAAAGGCCGAUCAUCCUUUGUAUCAUGCUGAUUUUGGUUUGUUGUCGUAGGUUGUGGUUGCCGAUGGAGUGUCUCAGAAGCAUUGGGGUGUUCUGUAUGCAAACCCAAAUCAUUCAGCUCGGCGACUUGUACGAUCUCCUCACCCACGAACUUCUGAAUUUUAUCCAAGACGCUUGCGAUAGGAAGCAUUUGAAUAUACGGUAAAUUAGUAUAUCCGCCGUAUAUCAUCCCGUAGACUCUAUUUUGACUGACCACCCAUGCUCCAGACAUUCCCAACCCUGGACC